UACGGGCUCUUCCUUCUGGACGAGAAGAAGCUGCCUGACGAUUCGAAAGACAUCAAAGGAGUGGACAUUGUGGCCAUACAUGGCCUGAAUGGGGACGCUUAUACGACAUGGCAACACGAGAAUGGGACUUUAUGGCUUCGAGAUCUGCUCCCGAAUGACCUUCCUGGGUCCCGCGUAUUCACCUACGGAUAU